AUGCCGGACACCAUGCUUGCUGCGGUGCUGGAGCGCUUCAACGAGCCGUAUGUGCUCAAAGACAUUGCCCGGCCAGGUCCACCAGAGGGCCACGAUUUGCUCAUAAAAGUGCUCGCCGCAUCAUAUUGCCACACAGACGCCGUUUUUGCAUCAGGGACCAUGGCCCCGGACCUCCCACGCAUCGGUUGUCACGAAUUCGCCGGCGAAGUCGUUUCUCUAGGCCCUGAUGUUUCCUCACGUCUGGGUCUUGUGGAAGGCACCCGUGUCGGUGUUCCUGGGCGGGCAUAUCGUCCUUGUUCUAGCUGUCUCGAAUGCGCAAACCCGGACAAGGACGAUCCGGGAUACUCAGUUUACUGUCCUCACUCGGGGAACCUAGGACUCACCCGGGACGGCGGCUUUCAACAGUAUUGUCUCGUGGACAGUCGCCAGGUUGCGCCGAUUCCCCAAGGUAUGACCGCAGUAGAGACGGCACCGCUUAUGUGUGCAGGCCUUACUAUCUGGGCGGCUUUGCAUCACGAGAAGCUCCGUUCCGUUCGCAAAAUUGGUAUUCUCGGAGCUGGUGGCGGGCUCGGUCACUUGGGUGUUCAGUUUGCUGCGCAUCUUGGCAUGGAAGUGCUCGCUAUUGAUGCCAAUGAUCAGUCGCUGGCAUUGUUAGAACGUUUAGCGGAGAGAAUGGGCCCUGUUGGCCGCCAAGUGACAGUAGUAGAUGUGCGGAAACAAGAUGCAGCGGCCAUGCUGGAAUUAAUAGGAGAAACCAAUAGCGGAAACAAAGCUCGCUCAGAACUCGGACUCGAGGCCGUUAUUCUUCUUCCGGAAUCCCAGCGGGCAUUUGACACGGGGAUGGAAUUGUUGAGAAACCAUGGCACCAUGGUCGUUGUCAGUUUUCCGGAGAAAAAGCUGGAGAUAAGCGCGCGAGACUUGGUCUUUCGAGACAUUGCAGUCGUUGGCAGCUUGUUCGACUUCACUCUCUUGUUUGAAGAGUCAUUUUUUCAAAUUGCACCAUGUGCAUUUCUCCUCCUUUCACUCCCCCUGCGCGCAUCCCACCUCCGGCGCCAAAAUGUGAAGACCCUGUUGCGAACCGGAAUGAGGACGGUAAAACAAUCGGCCAUAUUGAUCCUCGCGGCCACCGAGUUGGCGCUCCUUAUCGUCUGGAGCAUCACACCGUUGUCCCGCACCAAAGCGUCUAUCCCCGCUGCCCUGCUUUCCUUCCUCACAUCUCUUGCCCUGUUCUACCUGUCGAAUAUUGAACACGUCCGCUCUGUACGCCCUAGUUCGAUUAUGAAUACUUAUUUUUUCUUCUCCAUUCUCUUUGCUAUCCCUCAAGCUCGAACGCUCUGGCUGCGCUUGGACUGGACUGCCGUACCCUCAACCUUCACCGCAGCACUAAUCGCGAAAACAAUUGUUUUCUGUCUGGAAGCCCGUAAUAAAAGAAGGUCACUCUUGUCUCCGUACCGGCUAUAUGCUCCUGAGGCGCUGGCCAGCCUCUAUGAUCGUACCGUACUAUGGUGGCUCAAUCCUCUCUUUUUAAAGGGAUACAGCAGCAUCAUCUCCGUCAAUGGCCUGUUUCGCAUUGAUAAUAGCCUAUCAUCGGAAGGAGUUGAACAAAAGUUUUACCCUCACUGGAUGAAUAGGUCGCCGUCGGCCAAAAGACCACUCUUUAGUGCUGUUGGCAAAUCCUUACAGUCCGCAAUUCUCACUGCGGCUGUUCCACGGCUGUUUCUGAGCAUGUUCAAGCUAUUACAGCCGCUUCUUAUUGGUCGAGUGACCUCUUGGCUGAGUCAAGAUUGUAGCGAUGUCAAUUAUGGCUAUGGUUUGAUUGGUGCCACUUCCUUGCUUUACAUUGGAAUGGCCUUGACUAAUGCUAUGGCCAAACGCCAAUUGGAUCGAUUCUCAACGAAGCUUCGCGGAACUUUCAUCUCCGUUAUCCAUUCAAAGAGCCUGGUUCUCCCAGCCGGCCAACUAAACAAUGGAGAGGUGCUCACUCUUAUCAGCAAUGAUGUCAACCGUGUCUGUGACAGUCUAGAACAAAUAUUCGAACUUCUCUCUACCCCGCUAGAAGUCAUCGUCGCCAUCUACUUGCUAGAGCGUGAGAUAGGAAUCAUUUGCAUUGUGCCUGUGGCCUUCUCUCUCGUUAUCAGCCUCGUCUCCUUCCUUAACUUGAAAAGGUCCGUUCCUCUGCAGAAAACAUGGCUUUCAUCUAUCCAACAACGAAUUACCUACACCGCCGCUGUCCUCAGCUGCCCCAAAAGCUUUAAAAUGCUGGGGUUGACCAGCAAACUCAGAGACCGUGUCCAAGAAUUACGUCUUAUAGAGCUUGAAAAGUAUGCCCAUUACCGGAAAUUCGUUACCUUCCGCAACGUGUUUGCCGCAAUUCCCAACAAUAUGGCCCCUAUUCUAACCAUGGUAAUGUUCACACUCAUCCACGGUGGCAGUGCUCUCUCACCUUCGAUUACUUUUACCUCGUUGUCACUCGUCUCGCUCCUCACAAUACCAAUUCAAGAGAUAAUUUUUGCUGUUCCGCGUUUCAUCACCGCGAUGUCGAGUAUUGACCGCAUAGAAGCGUUUCUAUUGCUGGAUGGCGGCAAGCUUACAUUGAGCACUGAUUUACCUCCCAUGCGCCAGUCUGAAGCGGAUGGAAUUGAGCUAGCUGCUGCCGUGGCUGCGCCCACGGAUCACACCAGUCUACGGUUAGAAGGGGUGACUGUUCGGUUGGGUAAUGAGAACAAGACGAUAUUGGACGAAAUCUCCCUCACCAUUCUUCCUGGGACUCUGAACUUCAUUGUUGGCCCUGUCGGGAGCGGUAAAUCAACUCUCCUCCAUACCAUUAUCGGUGACACUCCACUGGCACAGGGCCGCAGAAUCCUCACCACGGAAGCUAUCGGCUUUUGCUCUCAGGAGCCGUGGCUCCCGAACGAAACCGUCAAAAAGAUCAUCACAGGGCAAUCGGAGCUGGACCACCAGUGGUUUCUCGCGGUGGUGCAAGCCUGCGCCCUGACCAUUGACAUCUCCACUCUCUCAGCUGGAAAGGAGACUGUGGUUGGGAAUAAAGGUGUUUCAUUAAGUGGAGGUCAGAAACAACGAUUGGCGCUUGCACGAGCGUUGUACUCUCGAAAGAAGUUGCUAGUGCUAGAUGACAUACUUAGUGGCCUUGAUACUAAAUCUGCCAAACACGUCGUCGACCAUGUGCUUGGUCCGGAAGGUCUGUGUAAGAAACACGGCAUUACAGUUGUCAUGGCUACGCAUACAAUCCAGUAUCUGCACUACGCUGACCGUAUCAUUGCGUUGAAUGAAGGAGGGAAAGUGGAGGAACAAAGCUUGUUCGAAGCACUGAACUCACAGAAUGACUACACGCAUAGUCCUAAGUUGAGCGAAAAACAACAACAAAACGAGAAAGAGGAUGAAACGAACGUUCCAAUGGACCAAAGUGAACCUAUAAUCACACAGAACAUAGAAAAUGACGUCCAUCAAGAACUUGCGCGUCGAACGGGCGACUCAACAGUCUACAGAUAUUACGCAAUGUCCUUGGGUUGGAAAUUUACUUCUUUUAUCAUAUUUUCUGCCAUUGCCUUUGCAUUCUGCAACAAAUUUCCGCAGCUCUGGUUACAAUGGUGGUCCGAAGCGGAGAUUUCUGGUCACAAACGGUAUCCUCUGGGUGUCUGGAUCGGCGUCUAUGUUUUCAUAGGCGCACUUGCGAUUUCCUUCCUCUUUUCACAGAUCUGGGUCAUGCUGGUGUGGUCGGUUCCAAAAUCUUCAGCAAAGCUACAUCAACAGCUGCUGGACAGUGUGAUGAAUGCACCAUAUUCUUUCUUCGUCCGCACGGAUUCUGGUGAGACCCUCAACCGAUUUGCAAAUGAUAUGUCCCUGAUCGAACUCCAACUCGCGGAUGCCGUUAUGCACACCCAAAAUGAUGUUUGUCUCUGCAUUGCUAGUGCUAUUUUCAUUGCGGCUGGUGCUCGCCAACUUUCACAGUUGAUCUUGGAUUGGACAGACCUUGAAACAUCUUUAGGAGCUGUUGCACGCUGCAAGAACUUUGAAGCUAGCACUGCAUCUGAACAUCUGGAAUGUGAAACGACUGACCCUCCUAGCGAGUGGCCUUCUGCCGGCCAACUGACAAUUUCCAAUAUAACAGCAUCAUAUGCAGAAGGUCGCUCUCCAGUCUUGAAGAAUAUCUCACUAUCUAUUGCUGCCGGUGCCAAGGUGGGCAUCUGUGGCCGCAGCGGCAGUGGCAAGUCCUCACUGCUCCUCACACUCUUUCGUAUGCUUGAGCUCUCGUCUGGACAGAUAGAAGUUGACGGUGUCGAUCUUGCAAUUCUGCCACGUGCUACAAUUCGCACCCGAAUCACAGCCUUACCACAAGAUACUCUUUCAGUCCCCGGAAGCGUACGUGUUAAUUUGGAUCCGCUGGAAGUUUGUACCCCCGAGACCUUAUCUGAAGCGCUGAUCAAGGUCGGACUGUCCGAUAUCAUUGACGAAAGAGGCGGCAUUGACGGAAACAUGAGCGAUCUUGGACUGUCACAGGGUGAAAUGCAACUUUUUGCUGUUGCGCGCGCACUCCUGCGUCCAAGCAAGCUUUUGAUUGUUGAUGAGAUGACGAGCGCCGUUGAUGCUGCAACAGAAAAACGCAUGUUGGAUAUCAUUCGUGCCGAAUUUAAGGAAAGUACUGUUGUUGCUGUUGCACACCGUCUACGCACCAUAGCCGAUUUUGAUAUGAUUAUUGUGAUGGAUGCUGUCGUAUAUGUCACCACACGCUUUAAUUUCCGUCCUUUGCUACACUUGACUAUCGUCGACUGGCAGAGAGACCAAGUUUCAUGUGAGACACCGACAGCGCAAGCAAUUGUCAGUCUGACAGCAACGCUUCCGGAGCCUAUAACCAAAAAGGCCAACCUAUAUCGCCCAGUCUUUGAGUCCUUGUCAGUAAACCGGAGGAAAAUCAGUGGCAUUUCUGACUUUGAUAGGGAUGGCGUCCACAUAGAGGUCCAGAGGAUCAUCCGGUCAACUGGCGAGUUUGUGGACGACCUCACUGCGCUCUAUUUCCGGUACUUCCACAACCAUCUGCCCAUCAUUUCGCGGACGCGUUUUCAGAGCAGCCUCGUCGCGACGGGGGUGCCGCCUAGCGCGGAUUUGUCCGUCUUGCUGCUAACCAUCAGCUUAAUAGCUUAUGGAGGUAGCAGAUCGGGAGACAGAGAACCGGCUGCCGUCGGCCGGCAGUCUCUCUAUCUUGCCACGAAGGCCCUGCUCGCACAGGUGCAGGGAUCGUUGCAGCCUUCAAUCUCUUUGAUACAGGCUACUCUACUGUUAGCUAUAUAUGAAUAUGCAAACGGGCGGCCCGAGGUCGCAUUGGUUACGAUUGCGGGCUGUGCGCGAAUGGCCUAUGCCGCUCGUAUCCACGCCAGACGCCAUAAUGGGAAUCAACUCGAGGUUGAAGAAGCUGGAAACACGUGGUGGGGAAUUGUCAUGUAUGAAAGGGCCUUUGCUUGUGAUGUGGACCCGUUUGAGCAGCCGAUGGCUACCACUUUACCUUCUGGAGACGCCCGGCUCCCAGUUGAACGUGAUAUCCUCGAUAGAAUUGAUGUUCUUGGACCGGAGGAUAUACCCAGCAUUGAUUUCUCGAAUUUGACUUCAACCAGGAUUGGUGGGUUCGGCCGCGCAGCGCAAGCGGCUUGUAUCGUAGAUCAAGUGAUUCGAGGCUUGAGUGUUCCGGAUGUAAAUAGCAGGUUGAUAUUACUCGACAGCCUCGACGGUUCCAUUCAGUCCUUUCUGACGUUUUUCCUAUCGCAUAACCAAAAAGUGGCAGUGCAUUGCACGGCGGUAGCCAUGGCCGUCAGAGCAUUGUUCCUGAUACAUUUCCACAUAUUCAACCUACCACAGCAGAGCAUUUCUGCCAAUUUUAAAUCUCUAGAUGAAUGGCAAAAGGGCUCGCUCGCAGCGCUUGACACUGCUACGACGAUAGUCGUUGAUAUCGCCAACUGUCACUCUAGCUUCAUGGUUCCAUAUUGGGCCGAGCAAGCGUCUCCAAAUCACAUUUAUAUGGUCUGUGCUGCGCUCGAGCAUAUGCAUACCCGGCCCUAUAUUGAGGUUUCCACUUGGGCAGGAGGCGUCAAGGACAAACUCCAGGUGUAUCUAGAUCAAAUUCGGCACAAAUGGGUUGCUGACAGCUAG